CGGCGAACUGCUAGAACACGUGGAUCUUUGCACAUAUUUCCAUUGUAAUAUUGUGCAUGACAUCUUAGAAAUAUUGCUAGAGUUUAUCAAUAAAUGAAGGAAGUGCAUGGUGAUGUGAAGUCGUCCAGUGACUAUUAAUACCACGACCUGCCAACUCAUUCAUCUAAUUGAUCUCACGUCUUGGAAUUCAUAGUACGAAGACGUGCCAAUUCUGAGAACGUUGGACCAGCUAGAAAUUAUGCAUGUCUAACUGACAUAACCUGAAUGAACGUAUGGUUCAUCUGCGAAUUCGAUCCAGUUACACUUCACCAAAUUAUUUAUAAAAAAUGCCUACGAUUAAUAUUAAGCGCAACUUGCUGUUCCAAGCCCUUGGGGAGACUUACACUGAUGAUGAAUUUCAAAAGUUAUGUUUUGCAUUUGGAUUGGAAUUGGAUGAAGUGACAACAGAACAGCAAAUGAUAGCCAAAGAGCAAGGACUAGAAAAGAUUCAAGGAGCUUCUGAUGAAAUUAUUUACAAAAUUGACAUCCCUGCCAAUCGAUACGAUUUACUUUGUUUAGAAGGUCUUGUUAAUGGUCUUUUAGUAUUUUUAGAAAAAAUACCUGUCCCUUUUUACAAAUCAAUACGACCUCAGAAUAUUGAGAGAAUUGAGAUGAAAAAAUCAUGUUUACAAAUUAGGCCUCAUAUUGUUGCUGCAAUACUAAGAAAUGUAACCAUUACACAAGCUGCAUAUGACAGUUUCAUUGAUCUGCAAGAUAAACUACAUCAAAAUAUUGGAAGAAAACGUAGCUUAGUUUCCAUUGGAACUCAUGACUUGGAUACAAUUCAAGGACCUUUUGUGUAUGAUGCUAAACCUCCUAAAGAUAUUUUCUUUAAACCCCUUAAUCAAGAAAAAGAAUAUACUGGAGAACAAAUCAUGGAGUUAUAUGCAAACCAUGCGCAAUUGAAGCAGUAUUUACAUAUUAUUAAAGAUAGUCCUGUUUAUCCAGUAAUUUAUGAUAAGAAUGGUCUUAUUUUAUCUCUGCCUCCUAUUAUUAAUGGAGACCACUCAAAAAUAACUCUUAAUACAAAGAAUAUUUUUAUUGAGUGUACAGCCACUGAUCUUACUAAGGCCAAAAUAGCUGUUGAUACAUUGGUAUGUGCUUUCAGUGAAUAUUGUUCUAAAAAGCACGAAAUAGAAAUGGUGGAAGUUAUUUAUCCAGACAAUAUUAAGUUUGAAACUCCAGAACUUGAAUAUAGAAUUGAAAAAAUAAGUAGUUCACGUGCUACUAAUUAUGUGGGAAUUAGUCAAUCACCUGAAGAUGUGGCUAAACUUCUUACUAAAAUGUCAUUGAAAACUGAAGUUAAAGGAAAAGAUGAACUGCAUGUGGAAGUUUCACCUACAAGACAUGAUGUUAUUCAUGCAUGCGAUAUUUAUGAAGAUGUUGCAAUUGGUUAUGGUUAUAAUAAUAUUAAAAAGACUAUCCCUAAAACUCCUAGCAUUGGGAAAGAAUUCCCUCUCAAUAAACUCACUGAUCAAUUACGAGAAGCAAUGGCAAAUGCUGGAUUUACAGAAGCCCUAACAUUUUCAUUGUGUUCAAAAGAAGAUAUUGCUGAUAGACUUGGUCAUAAUAUUCAAAAUGUACCAGCAGUACACAUAUCCAAUCCAAAAACUUUAGAGUUCCAAGUUGGAAGGACAACUUUAUUGCCAGGCUUACUAAAAACAAUUGUUGCUAAUAGAAAAAUGCCUUUACCUAUGAAAUUAUUUGAAAUAUCAGAUGUUAUUUUACGUGAUUCAAAUACUGAAGUUGGUGCUCGUAAUGAAAGACGCUUAUGUGUUGUUUAUUAUAAUAAAAUGGCAAGAUUUGAAUUUGUUCAUGGUGUGUUAGACAGAAUAAUGGCCUUACUUGAAGUACCUUGGCAUUGUAAUAAAGAUGACCAGGGUUAUCAUCUUAGACCUCUCGAAGAUCCUACAUUUUUCCCACAAAGGUGUGGAGAAGUAGUAGCUUAUGGCAAAGUUAUUGGCAAAAUUGGCACACUUCAUCCAGAAGUAUUAUCCAAAUUUGGUCUUUCUAUUCCUUGUACAUCAUUGGAAAUAAAUAUUGAACCAUUUUUGUAAUUUA